GCCCCGCUCGGCUGUCACAGCCGGCCUGUCCCGGGCAGGCUCGGGGGCACCGCGGGAUGCGGCGGUAGGAGCGCUCCGCUCGCUUUUCCGUCUGCCUGUUGUCCGUCCGUCGGCCUCCCCGCCCGGGCUCCCGCACGCCGAGAUUCCCUCCCGCAGCCCAUGAUGUGCCUGGAAAGCGACGGCUCCUCCGGCAGCAGCCCGGGCUGCGGCGGGCGGCUCCGAGCCGGCGACGAAGAGGAGGAGGAGGACGGCGAGCGGGGCUGCUGCGGCCGGGGUGCCGAGGGCGAGGUGCAGACGCUGUCGGGCAGGAUGAACCCCCCGGCGGCCGGCAAGCACCCCGACCGCCCCGCCGCGCUCCGCAAGGCGCCGACCCUCGGCCGGGCCCGGGUAGCGGCCGCGGGCAUCCUCAGCGUGGGCAACGUGCUCAACUACCUGGACCGGUACACCGUGGCAGGUGUGUUACUGGACAUCCAGCAGCACUUUGGAGUUAAAGACAGCGGGGCUGGCUUGUUGCAGACAGUUUUUAUCUGUAGUUUCAUGGUCGCAGCGCCGAUCUUUGGUUACCUUGGUGACCGGUUCAACAGAAAGAUCAUUCUCAGCUGUGGGAUCUUCUUUUGGUCAGCUGUCACUUUUUCCAGCUCCUUCAUCACUGAACAGUAUUUCUGGCUCCUUGUGCUCUCGCGGGGCUUGGUUGGCAUUGGUGAGGCGAGUUAUUCCACUAUUGCACCAACCAUCAUUGGAGACCUGUUCACCAAGAACACCAGGACCCUCAUGCUGUCUGUGUUCUACUUUGCAAUUCCUCUGGGCAGUGGCUUGGGAUACAUCACUGGCUCCAGUGUGAAGCAGGUUGCUGGAGACUGGCACUGGGCACUGCGGGUAUCUCCACUCCUAGGAAUGAUAACAGGGACACUCAUCUUGAUAUUUGUGCCUGCUGCUAAAAGAGGAAAUGCUGAACAACUUGGGGGGCAGCUGAAGGCUCGGAGUUCAUGGCUGAGAGACAUGAAAGCACUGAUUAGAAACCGCAGCUAUGUGUUCUCAUCCCUGGCCACCUCAGCUGUCUCCUUUGCCACAGGGGCCCUGGGGAUGUGGAUCCCUCUGUAUCUUCACAGAGCACAGGUUGUGCAGAAGACAGCAGAGACCUGCAGCUCCCAGCCCUGUGGCACCAAAGAUAGUUUGAUCUUUGGAGCAAUCACUUGCUUCACUGGAUUCCUGGGUGUAAUCACAGGGGCAGGAGCCACCAAAUGGUGCCGGUCCAAGACACAGCGAGCGGAUCCUCUCGUGUGUGCUGUGGGAAUGCUGGGCUCUGCCAUCUUCAUCUGCCUGAUCUUCGUGGCUGCCAAGAGCAGCAUUGUGGGAGCCUAUAUUUGCAUUUUUAUCGGAGAAACUCUUCUGUUUUCAAACUGGGCUAUCACAGCAGACAUACUAAUGUACGUGGUCAUCCCAACUCGCCGUGCAACCGCAGUGGCCUUGCAGAGCUUCACUUCACACCUCCUGGGAGAUGCUGGCAGUCCUUAUCUCAUUGGAUUUAUCUCCGACCUGAUCCGACAAAGCACAAAGGAGUCUCCAGUGUGGGAGUUCCUCAGCCUGGGCUAUGCCCUCAUGCUCUGCCCAUUUGUCGUUGUCCUGGGAGGGAUGUUCUUCCUGGCCACAGCCCUCUUCUUCCUCAGUGACCGAGCCAAAGCUGAGCAACAUCACUGUUUCCAGCUGCAGCCUGCUUGGAGUCUGAAGUUCUGCAGGAAUUCAUGUUAUCAGUCACGACUUGUCCCAGAAUUACUGACUUCACCAUCAAAACAGCUUGAGGGUGAAUCAGCUUGUGAUGCCACCAGCCUCUGUGAAGGUCUGAGACGCUGCCAGUGAGGGCAAUGACCCAGGACUCCUGCUCCCACCACGCUAGUCUCAGUCUUGAAGCCCUUCUGUUCUGGAUAUCAGUGGAUCCUCCAGCUCCACAUCACAGAGGGGCUCUCUGGCACCAAAUCCAUGGCUCCAGCCUGCGGGGUCAGGCACCAGGAGAUGAGCAGGGAACGUGGCAACUUCUGGAAUGCAAGGAUGUUCAGCGGGGUCCCCGAGCAUGGAAACCAACUGGACCCAGGAAAAGCUGCCCAUGUGAGCAACUGUAGAUUGUGUAAAUGGUUUUAGUUGUAGCCAAUGAAGUCCACGUUGUUUGUAGGGCAGCUGGUGUCCUAUGGAAUGCUGCUGCUCUGCCAGCACUCCCACUCCCACAGACUGCACUAGUUGAGGACCUGUUCUGUACAUCACCUUUUCUUUGACACUGAAGGCUUGAUUCAGAUUAUUAUUUUUUAUUUAAAUAUGUUAUAAGAUGCUUUAUCUCUGCUGAAGACAUUAGAUGAGAUAUAUAUAGAUAUAAAUAUAUAUACUUAGAUAAACAGUUUUUAUUUAAACAUUUGAAAUCUGGAGCUGCCUGUGCAACCAUAGCAGACAUGAAAAACGUCCACAGCUCUCCUCUUCUCAGUGCCCUGGUGCCAGAGCCUGCAAGGGCACCACAGGAAAACUUCCAGUGUGUGACCUACCUGUCACUGGGACUGAGCAAUGGGACAGAGGAGAGCGUUUCACUGCACUGGGUGUGCUGGUGGUUGUCACAGAAAGGCCCAGAAGAACGUUGGACAGAAAUCCCUACAGGCUCUAGAGUUUUCCAUAUGCUCGAUUGAGCUUUCCUAGGAGGCUCACAAGCUUUUACACUACCAAAAUGCACCUGGCUGAACGGCUGUCCCCUGGGCCUGGGAGUGCAAUAUUGCUGUGCAGUGACCUCGUGCUUUGUUUACAUGAUUCCAUAUCACUCGGACUGUCAAUGCUAAUUCUCCCUGUCAAUAUUCCAAAGCAGGUGGACUCUCUGCCUUCAGAGUGCUUGGGUUCCUGCACACCCCACCCUGACCUGUCCCAGAGCACUGUCACUGGGGUGUCACUUGUACCAUACAAAGGUGCAUUUGAGAGCUUUCACACAAGGCCAGUGCCUGACCUGGGUCAGACUCAAAUGCAGAAGCAUGUCAUGGUGCCAUUCCACUGGAGUCUUGUUUCCUGUACCUGGCCUCCACAGCAAAUGUGUGCUGUGUCAGCUGGAUGGGGGAGGAGGGGUAGCCCAGGUCCUGAAGAGAGCCAGGCUGCCACAGGGAGGGCACUGCCACAGGGAGGGCACUGCCACAGGGAGGGCACUGCCACAGCAGCCCCCAUUCCCUCUGUCCUGAGCCCUCUCUCACAGUUCAGAUCCCCCCUCCAGUCCAGCACAGCUUGAGCAUUUGGAAGCACCUCAUUCUUGUGCUCAUGGCUCAUAAGUGACUGAACUUGGGGUCCAAGGAGGACUAAAUCAGCUCAGGAAAUGUCAGACCAGGGCUAGAUGUGAGUUCAGGCUGGGAGCUGCUGUCCUGGUUGUGCCAGCACAGGAAGGUACAGUGAGUAAAUCUGGGUUUAUCUCCCAUUCACUGCCAGGAUGUGCAGGGACCGAGAGCACAGCAUUGCAGCAGAGAUGGUUCCAAUUCCAGCUGCUCACCCCACAGCAGGUCCCUGCCCAGGCUGGGGAUUUCCAUAAUCCCCUGAGCCUUUCCUCCUCCCCAGACCUCACAGGACUCCUCUGCAGGGGUUCUGUCACCUGAAAUUCCUUAACAAUAGCUCUAAGACUUGGCUAAAGAACCAGAGCCAGAAGUGUUCCUCUAGUGCCUGAGCAAGCAGGUGCUAGAAAUAACAAAGCAAAGCAAAUCCCAACAAUGCUUCACUUCCUACCUCGUGCCACUAUUUACACUCUGAGGGGAAACACAGCCUCUGUAGUCUGGGAGCCAAACACUUGGCUUUAAAGGCACAUGAAUUGCUGAUUCCCAUUAAGAAAUUCCUUUUUAAGCUGUUUAAAAAGAAACAAAAAGCAACCCAACAAUCAGUCAUUUCAUCUCAGAGACCAAAGAAGAUUAACCACAUUUCCUAAAUUGCUUUUCUGAUAGGCUCUGUGUUGUAGCAUUUACUGUCAACAAAAUGGAACAUUUCUGCUGAGGUUCAGAGAUUAGGAAUUCUCCUUAAACUUAAUUCUCAGGAGUCAACAAUGAAAAGGGAACUGUUCUGUAAUGUCACUGGCAGUCCUUGCUUGUGACAGGCUCCAGUCCCUGUCAGAGCUCUGUGCUGGUUUUAUCCUCUGUGCACACAAAGGAAAUGUGUGGAUUCUGUUUAAACAAGGACAGAGGGAAGAGAGCAAACAAGGGAGUGAGAAAUGAGUCCUACCUUCACCAAGAGAUCCCUGAAUCCCUGCUCCACAUGUUCCAGGCUAAGAGAGGGAGGCUCAGGCUUCUUCCAGAUCCUUGCUGCUUUCAGCAGGGUCUGUGCAAGUGUCCAGAGGCACCAGGGAGGCUCCAGCUGCCCCUCACUUAUCAGCAGGGUUUUCUUCUACUCCACUUCAUAAAGGGGAUUUUUUAAAGCAUUAACUACCCCCAGCUGGUCCUGGCAAUGAGGUGAUUUGUACAGAGUGGGAAGCUGAGGCAAGGGGACCUGCCCAAAGAUGCAGGAGAGUGGCCCAAAGGGCAGCAAGCUGCCAGCCCAAGUGGCUCCUGCUGCCAGCGCUCCCAGAGCUCUGGGUGCCCCCAGGAGCUUCUCCCCCUACAGUCAGGGUGACUAAACCCCAUAAACAUCUGGCUGUGCUCUGGGAAGCAGAGAUCUUCCAAGCUCCACCCCAAAUGCUUGUUUUCUUCUCCAUUUGCUUUAUUGUCUGGUAAACCAGCACUUGCAAUCACUUUUACUACGUGAUGUACGGGAGCAUUAGUGUAUUUUCUUGUUAUACAAGGGAGGAGUAUAAAAUAGUUUUCUGAUUUCUUUCAGAAGCAAAUGACUAUUUUAUUUUUUAAGAGCAACUGAUUGUGAAUCUCAGAGUAUAAAAAAAUAAAAGAUAAGCCAAAUAUAUACCUUUAUGUAAAUUAAGAAAUAAAAGUAUUUAAAAUGUA